AUGGGUAAAGGAGCGUCCAAGGCCCGCUCCCUCUGGAGGCUGGAGCCCCUCAGGAUCGGGUGAGCUAUCCCAUCUAGCCCAACCUUCACUCUGACCCUAUCCUCACUCCCACCCCACCCUCUCUCACUUAUCCAUUUCACAGACACUGUCUGUCCGUCACUGCACUCACUCACUUUCAGACACACUUCACUCCAUACACUCUUAGAAAAAAAGGCGCUAUCUAGAACCUUAAAGGGUUCUUCGGCUGUCCCCAUGGGAGAACCCUUUGAAGAACCCCUUUUUGGUUGCAGGUAAAACCCUUUUGGUUGAGAGUGUUGACACCAAUAAGCUUUCAGACACCCUCAGGGCAAUGGCACUUUCCAUGAACCACCUGGCUGUAUAUGACGUAUAAUGCAUCAUGAAAGUAUUUAUAAUGUCUUCUACCUUUAUUUCACCAGAAGAAUCUCUUGAGGUUCAGGCAUUAUCAGAAUGGCGCUGCAAUGGAUAGCUGCCGUUUUACUGGCUCCUGACCAAUUCUGCUAUUUUGUGUGUUUUCUUUGCGCUGAUCGUAACUUUUUUUUUUACAUAAUGUUUCCGCCUUUGUUUGUGACCGAAAAGAGCUUCUGGACAUCAGAACAGCGAUCACUAACCUCGAUUUGGAUGAAGAUUUCUACUUCAACGAGUCGGCGGCUCUGGACUUACUGCUCACCCCGUACCAGGCCCUAAUCCCUGAGACCCGGAAAAGAAAGAGAGGCCGACGUGCAGGCACCCUGACGAAACUACGUUGGCAAAUAAAUAAUCAGUCUCUAUCCUCCGUUCUAUUGGCGAACAUACAAUCACUGGAGAUCAAACUAGACGAGCUCCGUUCGAGACUAUCGUUGAACGGCAGCCUCGAAUGGCAGCCUCGGGUAAGCUCAAGGGGGAGGUGUGUGUCUUUGUUAACAACAGCUGGUGCGCAAUCUCUAAUAUUAAAGAAGUCUCGAGGUUCUGUUCCCCUGAGUUAGAGUACCUCAUGAUAAGCUGUAGGCCACACUAUUUACCACCACAAACCGAUGCUGGCACUAAGACCGCACUCAACGAACUGUAUAGAGCCAUAAGCAAACAAGAAAAUGCUCAUUCCAGAGGCGGCGCUCCUAGUGAUUUUAAUACAGGGAAACUGGAAUCCGUAUUACCUCAUUUCUACCAGCAUGUCACCUGUGCAACUAGAGGAGACAAAACUCUAGCUCUCCACAAAGCUUUCCCUCACCCUCCAUUUGGCAAAUCUGACCGUUAUUAUAUCCUCCUGAUAUCCUCCUGAUUCCUGCUUACAAGCAAAAACUCAAACAGGAAGUACCAGUGACGCUCUCAAGUGGUCCGAUGAAGCAGAUGCUAAGCUACAGGACUUUUUCGCUAGCACAGACUGGACUCCGAACUCUUAUAAGAAAUCCCGCUACGACAUCCGACGAGCCAUCAAACAGGCAAGCAUCAAUACAGGACUAAGAUCAAAUCCUACUACACCGGCUCUGACGCUCAGCGGAUGUGACAGGGCUUGCAAACUAUCACGGAUUAUGAAGGGAAACCCAGCCGCUAGCUGCUCAGUGAGGGGUUGAGCUAAUUGCCUUCUAUGAUUGUUUUGAGGAAAGCAACACUGAACCAUGCAUGAGAGCACCAACUGUACCGGACGACGGUGUGAUCAUGCUCUCCGUAGCAGAUGUGAGUCAGGUUAACAUAGCCGCAGGGCCAGACGGAUUACCAGGAUGCGUACUCAGAGCAUGUGCUGACCAGCUGGCUAGUGUCUACAUGUUUCAAGCACACCACCAUAGUCCCUGUGCCCAAGAAUGGCAAGGUAACCUGUCUAAAUGACUAUCGCCCUGUAGCACUAUCUGUAGCCAUUAAAUGUUUUGAAAGGAUGGUCAUGGCUCACAGCAACACCAUCAUUCCAGACAACCUAGACCCACUCCAAUUCACACACCGCCCCAACAGAUCCACAGAUGAUGCAAUCUCUAUUGCAUUCCACACUGCCCUCUCCCACCUGGACAAGAGGAACACCUAUGUGACAAUGCUGGUCAUUGACUGCAGCUCAACGUUCAACACCAUAGUGCCCCCCAAGCUCAUCACUAAGCUAAGGACCCUGGGACUGAACACCUCCCUCUGCAACUGGAUCCUGGACUUUCUGGCGGGCUGCCCCCAGGUGGUGAGGGUAGGCAACAACACACCUGCCACGCUGAUCCUCAACACGGGGGCCCCUCAGGGGUGUGUGCUUAGUCCCCUCCUGUACUCCCUGUUAACUGACGACUGCAUGGCCACGCACGACUCCAACACCAUCAUUAAGUUUGCUGACGACACAACGGUGGUAGGCCUGAUUAACGAUGACAAUGAGACAGCCUAUAGGGAGGAGGUCAGAGACCUGGCAGUGUGGUGCCAGGACAACAACAUCUACCUCAACGUCAGCAAGACAAAGGAGCUGACCGUGGACUACAGGAAACUGAGGGCUGAGCACGCCCCCAUUCACAUUGACGGGGCUGUAAUGGAGCGGGUCGAGAGCUUUAAGUUCCUCGGUGUCCACAUCAUUAAGGAUCUAUCGUGGUUCACACACACCAACACACUCGUAAAGAGGGCACGACAAAUCCUCUUACCCCUCAGGAGGCUGAAAAGAUUUGGCAUGGGCCCUCAGAUCCUCAAAAAGUUAUACAGCUGCACCAUUGAGAGCAUCUUGACUGGCUGCAUCACCACUUGGUAUGGCAACUGCUUGGCAUCCGACCGCAUGGCGCUACAGAGGGUAGUGCGUAUGGCCCAGUACAUCACUGGGGCCGAUCUCCUUGCAAUCCAGGACCUCUAUACCAGGCGGUGUCAGAGGAAGGCCCUACAAAUUGUCAAAUACUCCAGCCACCCAAGUCAGAGACUGUUCUCUCUGCUACCGCACGGCAAGCGAUACCAAUGCGCCAUGUCUGGAACCAACAGGACCUUGAACAGCUUCUACCCCCAAGCCAUAAGACUGCUAAAUAAUUAGUCCGGGUAGCUACUUGGUUAACUAUUUAACUAUCUGCAUUGACCCUUUCUGCACUAACUAUUUUGACUCAUCACAUGCGCUGCCGCUACUGUUUAUUAUCUAUCCUGUUGCCUAGUUACUUUAUUCCUAGUUACUGUAAUGUACAUAUCUACCUCAAUUAUCUCGUACCCCUGCACAUCAUCUCGGUAAUACCCCGUGUAUAUAGCCAAGUUAUCGUUACUCAUUGUGUAUUUAUUAUUACUUUUAUUAUUACGUGUUAUUACUUUCUGUAUUUUAUUUCUCUGCAUUGUUGGGAAGGGCCUGUAAGUAAGCAUUUCACUGUUAGUCUACACCUGUUGUUUACGAAGCAUGUGACAAAUACAAUUUGAUUUGAUUUUGAUUUGAUUAUAAGACAUGCUAUGAGCAUUUCUAACAGCUUAUUGAUUCUAAUUGAUUGAUCCAAUUAUUUCAUAACUUUGGAAUGUAGUUUUUAAUGUUGAAAUGACAGUCCAAAGUAUGAUGGAUGUCCUCUCUCCCUGAAUGAGUGGUCCGGCUGAGGUAGUGUGAAUUUUGUAUGAUAGCCGGUGAUGACGUCACAGAGGGUAUAUAUAGUAAUAUUAUAUAAUGUCCAUUCUCCAUCCAGAGCUGUCAUGUCUCAUUAUCUGCAUGGAUGUCUCUGUGAGGGUGUGAGACUCUGUUUUCCGACCGGCUGUGGAAGUUGGUUUUACUGCCCACACACAUCCUGGUCCCAUCUUCGACUUCUUAUCUCUGGGCUUAAGUGACAGAUUCUCCAAUAAAACGUUUUUACACUUUCUCUGAAAACCACACAGUGUGACUUGCCUUUUGCACUGAGCUAGUGGCUUUCAAACCUCCCCUCAUGGACCCCCAGCCGUUCAAUGGAUUACAAUCGUCAACUAAUCAUAAAACCCUUGACUAGGUUAAUCAGGUGAGCUAGUUCAGGUCUAUGACAAAAUUGUUAAACAUAUGGGGGUCCCCGAGGAGAGGUUUGAAAACCAGUGUACUACGAUAUUUUUAAUCAGUGGAUGUGCUUCAUUGUAGAAGGAUGCUGAAAUGCCUGAGGCUGUAUGCUGUAUGUCUCCUCUCCCCAAAAUACAUCUGAAUGAAACACACUCAAUGUCUCUAGAGUGAAAUGGACACAUUUUCACUCACAUGUUAAGAUAAGAUAGCACUUUAUUAAUCUCCUAAAGGGGACAUUUGAUGGCACCAGCCAACAAACAACACCAAAUAAUACCCAAUAAAACACACCAAAAGACUAAAAAAAGACUAAAAACAGUUGACAGGGUGGUUCCCCUAUUUUUCAUUGGGAAUGGGUUAUAGGGAUUACUGUAGCAUUUAGAUUGACAUCUGUCUGGGUUCGUCCCCUCUCUGUGAUUGGUCAGUUGGAGCGGUAGCCACAUUCGCUAUGGGCAGGCGUUCCGUCUGCGUCACCUGUCCACCGGUCACUACCUGGCGCUGACCGAAGAGCAUGGUCUGGUCCUGCAGGAGAGAAAGAAGUCUGAUACCAAGUCCACCGCUUUCUGCUUCAGGGCUACCAAGGUUUGUCUGAAUAUAUAGAUACUAUAGAUACUAUAUACAGUGGGGAAAAAAAGUAUUUAGUCAGCCACCAAUUGUGCAAGUUCUCCCACUUAAAAAGAUGAGAGAGUCCUGUAAUAUUCAUCAUAGGUACACGUCAACUAUGACAGACAAAUUGAGACAUUUUUUUCCAGAAAAUCACAUUGUAGGAUUUUUUAUGAAUUUAUUUGCAAAUUAUGGUGGAAAAUAAGUAUUUGGUCACCUACAAACAAGCAAGAUUUCUGGCUCUCACAGAUCUGUAACUUCUUCUUUAAGAGGCUCCUCUGUCCUCCACUCUUUCCCUGUAUUAAUGGCACCUGUUUGAACUUGUUAUCAGUAUAAAAGACACCUGUCCACAACCUCAAACAGUCACACUCCAAACUCCACUAUGGCCAAGACCAAAGAGCUGUCAAAGGACAUCAGAAACAAAAUUGUAGACCUGCACCAGGCUGGGAAGACUGAAUCUGCAAUAGGUAAGCAGCUUGGUUUGAAGAAAUGAACUGUGGGAGCAAUUAUUAGGAAAUGGAAGACAUACAAGACCACUGAUAAUCUCCCUCGAUCUGGGGCUCCACGCAAGAUCUCACCCCGUGGGGUCAAAAUGAUCACAAGAACGGUGAGCAAAAAUCCCAGAACCACACGGGGGGACCCAGUGAAUGACCUGCAGAGAGCUGGGACCAAAGUAACAAAGCCUACCAUCAGUAACACACUACGCCGCCAGGGACUCAAAUCCUGCAGUGCCAGACGUGUCCCCCUGCUUAAGCCAGUACAUGUCCAGGCCCGUCUGAAGUUUGCUAGAGUGCAUUUGGAUGAUCUAGAAGAGGAUUGGGAGAAUGUCAUAUGGUCAGAUGAAACCAAAAUAUAAUUUUUUUGUAAAAACUCAACUUGUCGUGUUUGGAGGACAAAGAAUGCUGAGUUGCAUCCAAAGAACACCAUACCUACUGUGAAGCAUGGGGGUGGAAACAUCAUGCUUUGGGGCUGUUUUUCUGCAAAGGGACCAGGACGACUGAUCCGUGUAAAGGAAAGAAUGAAUGGGGCCAUGUAUCGUGAGAUUUUGAGUGAAAACCUCCUUCCAUCAGCAAGGGCAUUGAAGAUGAAACGUGGCUGGGUCUUUCAGCAUGACAAUGAUCCCAAACAUACCGCCCGGGCAACGAAGGAGUGGCUUCGUAAGAAGCAUUUCAAGGUCCUGGAGUGGCCUAGCCAGUCUCCAGAUCUCAACCCCAUAGAAAAUCUUUGGAGGGAGUUGAAAGUCCGUGUUGCCCAGCGACAGCCCCAAAACAUCACUGCUCUAGAGGAGAUCUGCAUGGAGGAAUGGGCCAAAAUACCAGCAACAGUGUGUGAAAACCUUGUGAAGACUUACAGAAAACAUUUGACCUGUGUCAUUGCCAACAAAGGGUAUAUAACAAAGUAUUGAGAAACUUUUGUUAUUGACCAAAUACUUAUUUCCACCAUAAUUUGCAAACAAAUUCAUUAAAAAUCCUACAAUGUGAUUUUAUGGAUAUUUUUUUCUCAUUUUGUCUGUCAUAGUUGACGUGUACCUAUGAUGAAAAUUACAGGCCUCUCUCAUCUUUUUAAGUGGGAGAACUUGCACAAUUGGUGGUUGACUAAAUACUUUUUUUCCCCACUGUACAUGUAUAUACUGUAUAUACAGUAUGUAUAUACUAUACUAGUAUACUGUUUAUAGUAUGUAUAUAAUAUAGUAGUAUACUGUAUAUACAGCAUGUACAGUAUGUAAUAUACGAGUAUACUGUAUAUAUAGAAUGUAUAGUAUGUAAUAUACUAGUAUACGGUAUAUGUAGUAUGUAUAUAAUAUACUAGUAUACUGUAUAUAUAGUAUGUAUAGUAUGUAAUACACUAGUAUACUGUAUACUCUAUAUAGUAUGCAUAUACUAUGCUAGUAUACUGUAUAUAUAGUAUGUAUAGUAUGUAAUACACUAGUAUACUGUAUACUGUAUAUAGUAUGCAUAUACUAUGCUAGUAUACUGUAUAUAUAGUAAGUAUAUAAUAUACAAGUAUACAGUAUAUAUAGUAUGUAUAUAAUAUACUAUUAUACUGUAUAUAUAGCAUGUACAGUAUGUAAUAUACUAGUAUACUGUAUAUAUAUUAUGUAUAUAAUAUACUAGUAUACUGUAUAUAUAGUAUGUAUAUAAUAUACUAGUAUAUUGUGUAUAUGUAGUAUAUAUGUAUACUUUAGAUACUAUAUAUUAUUCUUUGUCUUGCCAUGUAAACUUUUUAACAUUUCCUCACAUGAAGGUGCAUUGGAGUAUUUUUGAGUAAACCAUGGCUUUUUAUAGAAAUGUCUGGGAAAGGUCAGAGCACAUUAAGACACAACCAUAUUUUUAAGAGUACGUACUGUACGAUUUGUCAUUUGACUUGUUAAAGGUCAUUCUUGUAGCCCUACACAACUACCAGCAGUUACAUUCUAGUCCAGAACUCUGAAAUGCCAAGGAAAGGUCAACUCAAGUCACACCAUCAAUACAACACAACCAAGUCACACCGUCAAUACAACACAACCAAGUCACACCAUCAAUACAACACAACCAAGUCACACUGUCAAUACAACACAACCAAGUCACACCGUCAAUACAAUACAACCAAGAAACACGGUGUAUACGGAACUCAUAGAGUAAAAUUAAUAAAUAACGAACCUUUUUUUAAAAAGCCCGUAAAAGGCUUUUAAAUAAAUUUUAAUUUUAAGGGAAAUUUUAAUUUAUGUAAAAAAUUUAAAUAAAAAAAAUGUUUUUUUGAAAAUUUUUAAUUAUUAUAAACGUUACAAUUUAAAAAAUUUUAAAAAUAAUUCCUUUAAAAAUUUAUAAUUUUAUUUUUUGGUUUUUAAAACUUUUUUGUUCUGUAAUAAAGCAAUCGCAAAAACCCCAAAGAAUAAAAAAAAAAAACCCCCCCCAAAUUUUUUUUUUUCAAACAAAAAACAACAUAUUAAUAAAUUCGGAAAUUAUUUUUUAUAAAAAUUACUGUUCUUUUUUUUUUUUUUCUUUUUUUUGUUUUUUUUCUUUUUUCUUUUUUUCUUUGUUUUUCCUAAACCUUUUUCAUUCUCCCCUAAUCUUAAUUUUUUGGGGAAAACAUCCCUUUUAAAAAAAAGGGGAAAAACCUUCCAACCAAUUUUAAAGGCGUCGUAAAAUUUUCUUUUUUUUUAAAGGAAACCCCCCUCACCCCCCAAAAUCCCCCUAAAUCCCAAAACAACCCCUUCACAAAAAACACAAACCAAAAAACCGAAAAAAACCCAGUCAACCCCAAAUAAAAAACCGUCACACGAAAAAAAAAAAGCCAACCCCCCUUUUCCCAAAAACAGAACGAAAUAAAAAAAACCCACUAAAAGAACCCUUAUUCAUUAAACCACAAAAUGCGGGGUCUGAAGCCAAAAGACGCCCGUCGUCGCCCCUCUCGUCCUUUUUUUCGUUUGUUUUUUCCCCUUCAAAAAACUUUUUUAAAAAAUUCGUUUUUAAAAAUCUAAACUUCUCCUCGAUAUUCUAGAAAGUUCCUAACUUUUUAAAAGAUCCUCUGGGCCGAAAACCAAACUGCCCCGCAGCCACAAAACCCCCCCCAAAAAAUUCACCCGCAAAACCCCCCCCAAAACCAACCCCCUUUCCUCUCCCCCUCCCCCCAAAACCCCCAAAACCCCUCCCCCUUUUUUUAAUUUUUCCCCCAAGCCGCUUUAAACUACCCAAAAUUUGGGUUUCCCCCCAAAAAAAAAUUUUUUCCCCCCCCUUUUUUUUUAAAAACGUUUUUUUUUCCGGGGGGUUAAAUUUAAAGGAAAAUUUCACUCUAGGGGAUUUCUUCCCCCAACCCGAACCCCCCCCUUUUCCCGGUCCCCCCCCAAAAAAAUCCAAAAAAAAAAAAACCCCCGGGGGGCCAAAUCCCCCCCCUCACCCUUCCCCGUUCCCCCCUCAAAAAAAAACCCCCUUUUCCCUUUUUGCCCCCCGGUUGGAACCCCCCUCUUUUGGAAAAAAAAUUUUUGGGACGGUUUUCCUCUCCCCCUUUCUUUUCUCUUCCCCCCCCCCCUUUCCCUCCCCUUCCUCCCCUCCCCCCCUUUUCCCCCCUCCCCCCUCCCCCCCCCCCCCCUUUUUUUCCUCUCCCCCCCCUUUUUCCCCUUUCCCUCCUCUCUCCCCCCCGCCCCCCAACCUGUCUCUUUCCCCCUCGCUGAACUACCUGAGACCUAAAGGGGUUUAGGGUUUUGUUGUGUGGGGGGGUGUUUGGCCCUUGUGUGUUUUUGAGUUUUUCGGUUUUUUUGGGUUUUUUUGUGCUGGUGUUUUCCCCUCUCUCCCACAAAAAAAAGUUUGGGGCCGGUACAAGAACCGGGACAUUAAGGCAUGGGGGGGGGCGAGAUCAAGUAUGGAGCUCAAACCUGCUUCGUGAGCAUGUGGCUACGGGGGUUGUGGCGUCCUACCAGGGGCCUGACCUAAAACAUCCCGCUGGCCCCUCAAGAGAAGGGUGAGUUUUUUACACUUUUUCACGCUGUUUUUAAUGGGGUGGAAAAAAAUCCAAAAGUUGCCCUUUUAUGACUUUACUUUUAAAAAAUAAAUUUAAAAAUGUUCAAAUUGCUUUCAUUUUCAAAGUUGCCUGUACAUAAUUAUAAACUUGUCCUGUCAUGUAGCUACUCAUAAGACUUUUGGGAAACAGAAGGUAUGCUGGCCAAAUUUAAAACACGUAAGUGUGGGGUUAGAUAAUAUUGGGUGACCCGGGGCCCCUCUCAGCGGGUAAAACCCGGAACAGGGAAACUGGAGUCGUCACCAUAAUCAGAUUAUCACAUCAAUGAGUAUUCAUGACUUUUUACUACUGUAAGUAGUGGGGUAACUGUUUUAAUUGGAUAUUUGGGGCAAAAUGUAGAUGAAUCCAAACCCCCUAAUGAAGACUUUUAUACAGAGGAUUAGAGUUUAGUGGUUUUCUUUUCCCACUGUGAGUCACAUCUUACCAGCUGGCAUGUUGUCAAGGGCCCCCCGGCCCCUACAAGCAGAGGGGGCGUUUGUUGUCUCGGCGCCUUCCCCGGAUAGCGAUUCCAUCCAGCGGAGAGAGAGAGAGGGAGAGAGGAGAGGGAGAAAGAUAGGGGCGGGGGGAGAAGGGUAUUGUCUAGGAUAGGGGGGGGAGGGGAGGAGGGGAGAGAGGGGAAAAUAGGGACGGGGGGGAAGGGUUAUACUAUGGGUAUGGGGUAGGAAGGGGAAAAGGGAAAGGGGAAAAAAUGAGGGGGGGGGGUUUUUUUUGGGGUAAGGAGAAAGAUUGGAAUAGUGAGGGAAAGAGAGGAAGGGCUGGAGAGAAAGAGGGAGGAGAGAAGGAGUAAUGAGAGAGAUGGGGGAGCCGGGAGUUGAUCCCCACUCUCUCCGAAAAGCUAACUGUCACUAACUGUCACCAUCCUUCUCUCAUUAUCACGUCUAAAUGAGAGCCUCAUGUGUCCUGACCUAACCUGGGGGGGGGGGGGGGGGGGCACUCAGCUACUCUUACACCUUGCUUGAUUGGGUGUAAUUUCAUACUUUACAUGGACUAAUUCCAGAGGUGAUACUGAUACUAGUGACGAUAAAUGACAAGGGAUACAUUUUAGAUUCAGUAUUAACUUGCACCUGCUACCCUGUGGUUAAAUGGAAUGUUGUAUUUAUUGGUUAUCAGAUGUAAUUGUCUACACUAGGGCUGGCAGAGCCAGGGUUGAUUCAUUUCUGGAGGCAUGGCAGUAUACAGUGUGUCUCUGUUUUGUUGUACUGCGCAUACUGCUUAAACCCAGGUCUGGUCUGUUGUCUGAUUUGUGGUAAUGUCUGAGUUGUGUAUGUUAUGAUAAUGUCUGAGUUGUGUGUUUUGAUCAUGUCUGAGUUGUGUAUGUUAUGAUAAUGUCUGAGUUGUGUGUUAUGAUAAUGUCUGAGUUGUGUGUUAUGAUAAUGUCUGAGUUGUGUGUUAUGAUCAUGUCUGAGUUGUGUAUGUUAUUGUAAUGUCUGAGUUGUGUAUGUUAUGAUAAUGUCUGAGUUGUGUGUUAUGAUAAUGUCUGAGUUGUGUAUGUUAUGAUCAUGUCUGAGUUGUGUGUUAUGAUAAUGUCUGAGUUGUGUGUUAUGAUAAUGUCUGAGUUGUGUGUUAUGAUAAUGUCUGAGUUGUGUGUUAUGAUCAUGUCUGAGUUGUGUGUUAUGAUAAUGUCUGAGUUGUGUGUGUCUCUGCUCCAGGCCUGUCUGCAUGCUGAGGGUCACAUGGACGACGGUCUGACCCUUCAGCGUUGUCAACACGAGGAGGCGCGGGCUGUACGCAUCAUCAGGAACACCACCGUCCUCUUCAGCCACUUCAUCAAGUACGUAGGGCUCACCUGAAUAGCCGACAUGGACUCUGGCUGAAUGAGGAGAAAGUCCCUGUUUUCCAGUUACCAUUGAUUGUGGUACUGUGGUGUCGGUUAAUGUGUAUAUUGUGCGUUCCUGCUCUAGGCCUUCAUCAAGCACGUGGGUCUGCUGCAUUAGUAGCCAUGACAGUUUAACCAUCAUCUAUCCCAGAAAAUACAGAACACAGUUGUGCUAAUUUUGGAUGAGCUAAUUUGUGCUUUAAAGGGAUACUUUGAGAUUUUGGCAAUGAGGCCCUGUAUCUACUUCACCAGAGUCAGAUGAACUUGUGGAUACCAUUUUUAUGUCUCUGUGUACAGUAUGAAGGAAGUUAGAUGUAGUUUUGUGAGCCAAUGCUAACUAGCGUUUGCGCAAUGACUGGAAGUCUAUGGGUAUCUACUAGCAUGCUAAAACGACCUCUAACUUCCUUCAUACUGGACACAGAGACAUAAAAUUGGUAUCCACAAGUUCAUCUGACUCGGGGGAAGUAGAUAAAGGGCCACAAUGCCUAAAUUCCAAGUAUCCCUUUAAAGCAGGAUCAUACAUUGGUGGUUCUUAUCUUGAUUGCUCCUGAGUGCUACUGAAUGCCAAGAUGAUCAAAAUGAACUGGCACAAGAGAGAUUCAAUCACAGUUGCAAUUUUCCUGCUUUUGUGUGAUUAGGCACAUCAAAUUAGCCUGCCGGUGGGUUCACUUCUAGUGGCUGAUAUUGGAGAUGAUCUGCUGUAGAACUUGUGCGAUGUAAUUUGAGACAAUUGUGGAAAAGUUAUAUUAAUGUAGCCUAUUAUCAGUGCAGUAAAUUAGUAAAUUUACAUAAAUCUCUUUUUCCCACUCUCUCUCUCCUCUCCCUCUCCCUGCCCCUCUCUCUACUUCCUCUCCCUCUCCCUGCCCCUCUCUCCACCUCCCCUCCCUCUCCCUGCCCCUCUCUCCACCUCCUCUCCCUGUCACUGCCUCUCUCUCUACCUCCUCUCUUUCUCACUGCCUCUCUCUCUACCUCCUCUCCCACUCCCUGCCCCUCUUUCACGCUCCCCCAAUCUCUCCCUCUGCUUGCCCCUCUCUCCCCUCUCUACCCCUCACCCCACCUCUCUCCCCAUACCCUAUUUCUCGCCUCCCUCCCUCCACCUCCCUUCCCUCUUUCUCACCCUCUCUCCACCUCUCCUCCCUCCCUCCCUCCCUCGCCACCCUCCCCCUCUCCCCUAGGGGUCUGGACAGUAUAGGGGGGGAUAAGAACGUGGGGGUGUCCCUGCCUAACUUUGACGAGGUGUUGCAGACGCUAGAUGAUCUGAUUGAGUACUUCAAACAGCCUGACUCAGAGCUGGAACAUGAGGAGAAACAGACUCUGCUGAGAUCUCUCAUCAAACGUCAGGACCUCUUCAAAGAGGAGGUGAGCUCCCAGGGCUCCGAGAUCUCAGGUUUAAUGAGGGUUAAAGGAUCGUGUUUGACUGCUUCGUAGGCUUAGUACCUGUCCUCUGCUGACUUGCCAAAUUCAAACUUUUUCAGUGUACAGAUCUGAAUUGUCAUUUUGCAGGAACCUGAAACAUUAGCAUGCAGUGUGCAGAAUCCUUUUUCUUCUUCUAUCAUGUUAUAUUCUCCAACAGGAAACAGACUUCCACUACAUAUGCAAAUGCAUCUCUUUUCAUGUAGGAAGUUCUAGGAACAUGCGCCGCUGUGAUGGACUCAUACAAUGACUUAUUAUAGCACCCUAUAAACUAUGUAGUGCACUACUUCUGAACAGGGCCCAUAGAGCUUUGGUCAAAUGUAGUGCACUAGAUAGUGAAUAGGGUACCAUUUGGGAUGCUACCUUUGUAUGACCAGUCUGGUGUGUCGUGUGUGUGUGUGUGUUUCAGGGCAUGCUGACCCUGCUGGUGAUGUGCAUCGACCGACUCAACCUGUACAACAGUGCUGCCCACUUUGGAGAGCAUGCUGGGGAAGAGGCUGGGGCGGCAUGGAAGAACAUCCUCAACCUACUCUACCAACUACUGGGUAAGAGAGAUUAAACUUAGGGUAAACACACACACACACACACACCACACACACACACACACAGGAAAACACACACACAGGAACACACACAGAUACAUGGACACACGCACCCACCCACACACAUACACACACACACCUCCCUGAGAGAGAGAGAGGAGAGAGAGGAGAGAGAGAGAGAGAGAGAGGAGAGAGAGAGAGGCGAGGAGAGGGAGAGGGAGAGGAGAGAGAGAGAGAGAGAGAGGAGAGAGAGAAGAGAGGAGAGAGAGAGAGAGGAGAGAGAGAGAGAGAGAGAGAGAAGAGAAUAAAAUAAAAUAAAAUAAAAUAAAAUAAAAUAAAAGAGAGAGAGUUUGAGUUUUACAAAACCUUUAUUUUAUACUCAAGUGUUAACACAAAUAAUGAUCCCUCCAGACCAUUCUCCAAUCUGUAAAGCACAACUUUUUUCCCAAUUUACCUUUGCAGAGGAUAUUCCCCUAAAACGAUCAACCAUUAGACUCAAACUAUCCACCUCCGCUUGAUUUUUCACUAAAAUAACUACAUCAUCAGCAGGAGGAAUAUCCUCUGAAAGGUACACCCCUUCAAUGCGACUUAGUAGUGGCUCUAUAGCGAUGGCAUAUAACAUUCCCGACAAAAAACAUCCCUGCCUAAUACCCCUACACACUUUAAAAGAAGCACUCAAGCCACCGUUAACUUUCAAUACACUUUCAAUGUCACCAUAUAUCACCCUUAUCAUAGCAAUAAAACCAGAGCUGAAACCAAACGCCUCAAAAGUGUGCCAUAAGUAUUGAUGUUCAACUUGGUCAAAUGCCUUUUCCUGAUCAAUUGAAAUUAGACCAGCAUCCAACCCAAUAGCCCUAGAGACAUAAAAAAAAUCCAGAAUCAGAGAAAUUGUAUCCCCUAUCUGCCUGCCGGGAACACAGUAGGACUGGUCCGUAUGAUUUUCCCCAUCACCUCCCUCAACCUGUUGGACAAAACCUUUGACAGGAUCUUAUAAUCAGUGCACAAUAAAGCCACCGGCCUCCAGUUCCUCACCUCCCUAGGGUCACCUUUUUUGGGCAGCAGGGUGAGGACAGCCCUUCUGCAGCUUAUCAGUAGUAACCCUCCGGUCAAACUAUCAUUAACAAUAUCACACAGUUCAUGUGUUACAAUGAGGCGUUUAAAAAAAGUCCUUGAGGCUAUAUGAGGUUCUUUGUGAUUUCUAUCUAAAUCACUGACUGUGCAGUUAAAAUCCCCAGCAAUAAAUAAAUAAUCUUCAGUAUUACAUUUCUCAAUGUAAUACUCCUGUUGCCACAUAACUUCAUUUUCCAUAUUACUAUGCGUUUCUUGUAGAAAACAUAUGUCACUUCCCUUUCCCUUCAUUAACUCAUACACUAUGGCUCUUUUUUUAACGUCUCUCGCUCCAUUUACAUUUAAAGAAGAAAUCUUAAAACUGCUCAUGGAUGAAAAAGAAAUACAGAGGAAGAACCAGAAACCACAUCUCUUCACAGAGUUAAGGCUGCGACUGAACUUUUUCAUUUACUUUAGAAUUAACAUCACUUAUCACUCUCGUGACCACUUUCUUGAGUCUAGCAAUUUCAGGGCUUGUCAAACCUCCCCCUGUUAUUUUUGACAUCAGAAACUUUGCUGAGUCAAUACACAGUUAACUUUCAGGAAAAAAAAUAUGUUACAUUAUAAUCCUGCAUAUAUUUCUUCCCUUUUGUCAACUUCAGAAAUUGACAUACCUUCUCAAUCCCAUACCUCCCUUCCACCCCAUUUAUCUCGCUAUUUUGUUGUGACGCGUCAGAUGACUCACUCUAGCUAUCCUCCCCAGAAGAAAACUCCACCAUCUCUACAACCUGUUUAUCCUCAACUGAUUUAUCAAUAUCUACCUUCCCCUUAGAAUUAGAACCUUCACCACCCCUUAAAUGAUUCCUCUUACUCCUAGGUAGUCUCUCUCUCUCUCUCUCUCUCUCUCUCUCUCUCUCUCUUCUCUCUCUCUCUGUCCUCUCUCUCUCUCUGCUCUGUCUCUCUCUCUCUCUCUCUCUCUCUCUCUCUCUCUCUCUCUCUCUCUCUCUCUCUCCAGCCUCUCUUUCUCUCUAUCCCUCCUCUGAUCCGUGGCAACAGGAACAACUGCACCCAGUUCUCCUCCUCUAUCCCUCCGCACACCUCUCGUAUCUCCCAUCCUGAUGAUUGGCUAAAAGAAAUGGAUAAUAAGAUGAUAUUUGGAGCUGUAAUGUUAGAUUUCAGUGCAGCCUUUGAUGAAACUCACUUGUUAUGGCUUUACAUCACCUGCCAUCACAUGGUUGGACAGUUAUUUAUCCAAUGGAACUCAGUGUUCUUCAAUGGAAGCUUCUCUAACAUCAGAUAUGUACAUUGCGGUGUCCCUCAGGGCAGUUGCCUUGGACCGUUACUCUUCUCUAUUUUUCCAAAUGAUUUGCCACUGGUCUUACAAGAAGCUUAAAUGACUAUGUCUGCUGAUGAUUGCACACUGUACACAUCAGCACCUACAGCUUACUGAGACUCUUAGCAAGGAGUUACAGUCAGUGUCAGAAUGGGUAAUUAACUCUAAACUGGUCUUAAAUACAUCUAAAAACCAAAAGCAUUGUAUUUGGUUCAAAGCAUUCUCUUAGACCUAAACCUCAACUGGAGUUGUGCAUAAAGGGUGUAACAUUGGAUGGUCAGUUAUCAUGGUCAAGUCAUAUUGACAAAGUUGUUGUGAAGAUGGGGAGGGGUAUGUCUGUUAUAAAAAGAUGUUCUGAGUUUCUGACACAAUGAUCAAAUGUACUAGUUGUUUAGGCUCUGAUCUGGGCCCAUCUUGAUUACUGUCCGGUAAUAUGGUCAGGUGCAGCAAAGAAAGACCUAGCAAAGCUGUAGCCGGCUCAAAAACAGAGCAGCACGCCUUGCCCUUAACUGCACACACAGAACUAACAUCAACAACAUGCAUGAUAGUCUUUCCUGGUUGAGGGUUGAGGAGAAAUUGACUACUUCUCUUCUAGUCUUUUUAAGAAAAAAUGUGUGUGUUCAAAAUACCUAACCACUUGUAUAAUAUAUUUGUAUACACUUCAAACUGACAUACAUACCCCACCAGACACGCCCCUAUGGGUUUCUUCAUGGUACACAAACCAAAAACAUUUAAUUUGUCGCUCAGUUAUGUAUAGAGCCAUGUCAUUGUGGAAUGCUCUGCCACCAGAAGUUACUCAGGCAAAAAGCAAGUUUAGCUUUAAAAAACAGAUUUAGAAAAACCUAUUUUAUCACAGCACCUCUCCUCUUAUAUAAUAAUAUGAAAAUGUAUAUACAGUCGUGGUAAAACGUUUUGAGAAUUACACAAGUAUUGGUCUUCACAAAGUUUGCUGCUUCAGUGUUUUUAGAUAUUUUUGUCAAAUGAUACUAUGGUACACUGAAGUAUAAUUACAAGUAUUCCAUAAGUGUCAAAGGCUUUUAUUGACAAUUACAUUAAGUUUAUUCAAAGAGUCAAUGUUUGCAGUGUUGACCCUUCUUUUUCAAGACCUCUGCAAUCCGCCCUGGCAUGCUGUCAAUUAACUUCUGGUCCACAUCCUGACUGAUGGCAGCCCAUUCUUGCAUAAUCAAUGCUUGGAGUUUGUCAGAAUUUGUGGGUUUUUGUUUGUCCACCCGCCUCUUGAGGAUUGACCACAAGUUCUCAAUGGGAUUAAGGUCUGGGGAGUUUCCUGGCCAUGGACCCAAAAUGUCGAUGUUUUGUUCCUCGAGCCAAUUAGUUAUCACUUUUGCCUUAUGACAAGGUGCUCCAUCAUGCUGGAAAAGGCAUUGGUCGUCUGUUCUUGGAUGGUUGGGAGAAGUUGCUCUCUGAGGAUGUGUUGGUACCAUUCUUUAUUCAUGGCUGUGUUCUUAGGCAAAAUUGUGAGUGAACCCACUCCCUUGGCUGAGAAGCAACCCCACACAUGAAUGGUCUCAGGAUGCUUUACUGUUGACAUGACACAGGACUGAUGGUAGCGCUCACCUUGUCUUCUCCGGACAAGGUGUUUUCCGGAUGCCCCAAACAAUUGGAAAGGGGAUUCAUCAGAGAAAAUGACUUUACCCCAGUCCUCAGCAGUCCAAUCCCUGUACCUUUUGCAGAAUAUCAGUCUGUCCCUGAUGUUUUUCCUGGAGAGAAGUGGCUUCCUCGCUGCCCUUCUUGACACCAGGCCAUCCUCCAAAAGUCUUCGCCUCACUGUGGGUGGAGAUGCACUCACACCUGCCUGCUGCCAUUCCUGAGCAAGCUCUGCACUGUUGGUGCCCCGAUCCCGCAGCUGAAUCAACUUUAGGAGACGGUCCUGGCACUUGCUGGCCUUUCUUGGGUGCCCUGAAGCCUUCUUCACAACAAUUGAACCUCUCUCCUUGAAGUUCUUGACGAUCCGAUAAAUGGUUGAUUUAGGUGCAAUCUUACUAGCAGCAAUAUCCUUGCCUGUGAAGGCCUUUUUUAAUGCAAAGCAAUGAUGACGGCACGUGUUUCCUUGCAGGUAACCAUGGUUAACUGAGGAAGAACAAUGAUUUCAAGCACCACCCUCCUUUUCAAGCUUCCAGUCUGUUAUUCUAACUCAAUCAGCAUGACAGAGUGAUCUCCAGCCUUGUCCUCGUCAACACUCUCACCUGUGUUAAUGAGAGAAUCACUGACAUGAUGGCAGCUGGUCCUUUUGUGGCAGGGCUGAAAUGCAGUGGAAAUGUUUUGGGGGGAUGAAGUUCAUUUUCAUGGCAAAGAGGGACUUUGCAAUUAAUUGCAAUUCAUCUGAUCACUCUUCAUAACAUUCUGGAGUAUAUGCAAAUUGCCAUCAUAAAAACUGAGGCAGCAGACUUUGUGAAAAUUAAUAUUUGUGUCAUUCUCAAAACUUUUGACCACGACUGUACACUGAGUGUACAAAACAUUAGGAACAUAGAAUGACCUCUUGAAUCCAGGUGAAAGCUAUGAUCCCUUAUUGAUGUCACUUAUUAAAUCCACUUCAAUCAGUGUAGAUGAAGGAGAGGAGACAGGUUAAAAAAUGAUUUUUAAGCCUUGAGACAAUUGAGACAUGGAUUGUGUAUGUGUGCCAUGCAGAGUUGAAAUGGGCAAGACAAAUAUUUAAGUGGCUUUGAACGGGGUAUGAUAGUAGGUGCCAGGCGCACCAGUUUUUGUCAAGAACUGCAACGCUGCUGGGUAUUUCACGCUCAACAGUUUCCUGUGUAUCAAGAAUGGUCCACCACCCAAAGGACAUCCAGCUAACUUGACACAACUGUAGGAAGCAUUGUAGUCAACAUGGGCCAGCAUCCCUGUGGAAUGUUUUCGACACAUUACAUUUACAUUUACAUAAUUUAGCAGACGCUCUUAUCCAGAGCGCUUACCAAUUGGUGCAUUCAACUUAUGAUAGCCAGUGGGACAACCACUUGGGGGGGGGGGGGGGGGGGGGGGGGGUUUAUAAGGAAUACUUUAUACUAUUCCAGGUAUUCCUUAAAGAGGUAGGGUUUCAAGUGUCUCCGGAAGGUGAUCAGUGACUACGCUGUCCUGGCGUCGUGGGGGAGCUUGUUCCACCAUUGGGGUGCCAGAGCAGCAAAUACCUUUGACUGGGCUGAGCGGGAACUGUGCUUCCGUAGAGGUAGGGGAGCUAGCAGGCCAGAGGUGGAUGAACGUAAUGACCUCGUUUGGGUGUAGGGUCUGAUCAGAGCCUGAAGGUAAGGAGGUGCCGUUCCCCUCACAGCUCCGUAGGCAAGCACCAUGGUCUUGUAGUAGAUGUGAGCCUCAAUUGGAAGCCAGUGGAGUGUGCGGAGGAGUGGGGUGACAUGAGAGAACUUGGGAAGGUCGAACACCAGACGGGCUGCGGCGUUCUGGAUUAGUUGUAGGGGUUUAAUGGCACAGGCAGGGAGCCCUUCCAACAGCGAGUUGCAGUAAUCCAGAUGGGAGAUGACAAGUGCCUGGAUUAGGACCUGUGCCGCUUUCUGUGUAAGGUAGGGUCGUACCCUGUGAAUGUUGUAGAGCAUGAACCUGCAGGAUCGGGUCACCGCUUUGAUGUUAGCGGAGAACGUCAGGGUGUUGUCCAGGGUCACGCCAAGGUUCUUUGCACUCUGGAAGGAGGACACAACGGAGUUGUCAACCGUGAUGGCGAGAUCAUGGAGCGGGCAGUCCUUCCCCGGGAGGAAGAGCAGCUCCAACUUGCCAAGGUUCAGCUUGAGGUGGUGAUCCGUCAUCAACACUGAUAUGUCUGCCAGACAUGCAGAGAUGCGAUUCGCCACCUGGUUAUCAGAAGGGGGAAAGGAGAAAAUUAAUUGUGUGUCGUCUGCGUAGCAAUGAUAGGAGAGACCAUGUGAGGAUAUGACAGAGCCAAGUGACAUGGUGUAUAGAGAGAAUAGGAGAGGGCCUUGAACUGAGCCCUGGGGGACACCAGUGGUGAGAGCACGUGGUGUGGAGACAGAUUCUCACCACGCCACCUGGUAGGAGCAACCUGUCAGGUAGGACGCAAUCCAAGAGUGAGCCGCGCCGGAGAUGCCCCAACUCGGAGAGGGUGGAGAGGAGGAUCGGAUGGUUCACAGGAUCAAAGGCAGCGGAUAGGUCUAGAAGGAUAAGAGCAGAGGAGAGAGAGUUAGCUUUAGCAGUGCGGAGAGCCUCCGUGACACAGAGAAGAGCAGUCUCAGUUGAAUGACCAGUCUUGAAACCUGACUGGUUUGGAUCAAGAAGGUAAUUCUGAGAGAGAUAACAGGCGAGUUGGCUAGAGACGGCACGCUCAAGAGUUUUGGAGAGAAAAGAAAGAAGGGAUACUGGUCUGUAGUUGUUGACAUCGAAGGGAUCGAGUGUAGGUUUUUUGAGGAGGGGUGCAACUCUCGCUCUCUUGAAGACGGAAGGGACAUGGCCAGCGGUCAAGGAUGAGUUGAUGAGCGAGGUGAGAUAAGGGAGAAGGUCUCCGGAAAUGGUCUGGAGAAGACAGGAGGGGAUAUGGUCAAGCGGGCAGGUUGUUGGGCGGCCGGCCGUCACAAGUCGCAAGAUUUCAUCUGGAGAGAGAGGGGAGAAACCUUGUAGAGUCUACACCUUGUAGAGUCCAUGCCCCGACGAAUUGAGGCUGUUCUGAGGGCAAAAGGGGUGCAACUCAAUAUUAGGAAGGUGUUCCUAAUGUUUUGUACACCCAGUGUAUGAAUAGUGUGUAAAUAGUAUUUUUGUUGUCUCUUGGUGUCUUUCCUAUAUAUAACUUAUUUUAUUUAAAUGUUACAUUUUAAAUGUAAUAUAAUAUCUUAUGUUCUUCUUGUCUGUAACUGUUCUGUGUUUAUACGUUUCAUGUGGACCUCAGGAAGAGCAGCUUCUGCAUGUGCAGUAGCUAAUGGGGAUCCUAAUAAACUAAACUAAACUCUCUCCAGCCUCUCUGAUCAAAGGGAACAGGAAUAACUGCACCCAGUUCUCCUCCUUACCCCUCCUCCCCUCCUCCUUACCCCUCCUCCACUCCGCUCCUCCUUACCCCUCCUCCACUCCUCCUUACCCCUCCCCUCCUCCUCCCCCCUCUUACCACCUCCUCCCCUCCUCCUUACCCCUCCUCCACUCCCCUCCUCCUUACCCCUCCUCCACUCCUCCUUACCCCUCCUCCACUCCGCUCCUCCUUACCCCUCCUCCCCUCCUCCUACUCCCCCUACUCCCUCCUCCUUACCCCUCCUCCACUCCCCUCCUCCUUACCCCUCCUCCACUUCCGCUCCUCCUUACCCCUUCUCCACUCCCUUCCUCUCUCCCAUCCUCCACUCCCCUCUUCAAAACUACUCCUCAUCCCUCUGUGACCUCUCACUCAUCUAACUCUUCUUCUCUCUCUCUCUUCAGCCUCUCUGAUCAAAGGGAACAGGAACAACUGUACCCAGUUCUCCAGGAACCUGGACUGGCUGGUCAGCAAGCUGGAGAGACUGGAGUCCUCAUCAGGUACUGGACACAGUGCAUAUAAAGUUCAUAGAGUUAACAUUAACAUAUUGGGUAUGGAAUUGUUUGUUUACGUAGUCAAAUGUCUUUAUAGCAAGCUAAUUUGGGUCUGCAUGUGUCUAGUGUAAGUUAACCUGAAGCAGGAAAUGUACAGUUGAAGUCGGAAGUUUACAUACACUUAGGUUGGAGUCAAUAAAACUUGUUUUUCAACCACUCCACAAAUUUCUUGUUAACAAGCUAUAGUUCUGGCAAGUCGGUUAGGACAUCUACUUUGUGCAUGACACAAGUAAUUUUUCCAACAAUUGUUUACAGACAGAUUAUUUCACUUAUAAUUCACUGUAUCACAAUUCCAGUGGGUCAGAAGUUUACAUACACUAAGUUGACUGUGCCUUUAAACAGCUUGGAAAAUUCCAGAAAAUGAUGUCAUGGCUUUAGAAGCUUCUGAUAGGCUAAUUGACAUAAUUUGAGUCAAUUGGAGGCGUACCUGUGGAUGUAUUUCAAGGCCUACCUUCAAACUCAGUGCCUCUUUGCUUGACAUCAUGGGAAAAUCAAAAGAAAUCAGCCAAGACCUCAAAAAAAAAUGUGUAGACCUCCACAAGUCUGGUUCAUCCUUGGGAGCAAUUUCCAAACGCCUGAAGGUACCACGUUCAUCUGUACAAACAAUAAUACUCAAGUAUAAACACCAUGGGACCACGCAGCCAUCAUGCCGCUCAGGAAGGAGACGCAUUCUGUCUCCUAGAGAUGAACGUACUUUGGUGCGAAAAGUGUAAAUCAAUCCCAGAACAACAGCGAAGGACCUUGUGAAGAUGCUGGAGGAAACAGGUACAAAAGUAUCUAUAUGCACAGUAAAACGAGUCCUAUAUCGACAUAAUCUGAAAGGCCGCUCAGCAAGGAAGAAGCCACUGCUCCAAAACCACCAUAACAAAACCAGACUAUGGUUUGCAACUGCACAUGGUGACAAAGAUCGUACUUUUUGGAGAAAUGUCCUCUGGUCUGAUGAAACAAAAAUAGAACUGUUUAGCCAUAAUGACCAUCGUUAUGUUUGGAGGAAAAAGGGGGCUGCUUGCAAGCCGAAGAACACCAUCCCAACCGUGAAGCACGGGGGUGGUAGCAUCAUGCUGUGGGGGUGCUUUGCUGCAGGAGGGACUGGUGCACUUCACAAAAUAGAUGGCAUCAUGAGGAAGGACAAUUAUGUGGAUAUAUUGAAGCAACAUCUCAAGACAUCAGUCAGGAAGUUAAAGCAUGGUCGCAAAUAGGUCUUCCAAAAGGACAAUGACCCCAAGCAUACUUCCAAAGUUGUGGCAAAAUGGCUUAAGGACAACAUAGUCAAGGUAUUGGAGUGGCCAUCACAAAGCCCUGACCUCAAUCCUAUAGAACAUUUGUGGGCAGAACUGAACAAGCGUGUGCGAGCAAGAAGGCCUACAAACCUGUCUCAGUUACAUCAGCUCUAUCAGGAGGAAUGGGCCAAAAUUCACCCAACUUAUUGUGGGAAGCUUGUGGAAGGCUACCCGAAACGUUUGACCCAAGUUAAACUAUUUAAAGGCAAUGCUACCAAAUACUAAUUGAGUGUAUGUAAACUUCUGACCCACUGGGAAUGUGAUGAAAGAAAUAAAAAGCUGAAAUAAAUCAUUCUCUCUACUAUCAUUCUGACGUUUCACAUUCUUAAAAUAAAGUGGUGAUCCUAACUGACCUAAGACAGGGAAUUUUUACUAGGAUUAAAUGUCAGGAAUGGUGAAAAACUGAAUUUAAAUGUAUUUGGCUAAGGUGUGCGUAAACUUCCGACUUCAACUGUAAGAAGGUAUAGUGCUAUAAUAAAGUGGCUAUAACCUAUAGCCAUAAGGUAUACAGUAUAAUCUAAUGUCCCAGUCCCAGUAGUGUGUUAUAUAAUAAACCAAAAUGUUCCACUAGUUUUAGCCUGACAGUAAUGAGUGUUUUCCCUCAGGUAUCCUGGAGGUUUUCCACUAAAUCCCGAUAGUCUCCUGAUUGAAUGUUAUUCUAUUCUACUCUAGGUAUCCUGGAGGUUCUCCACUGCAUCCUGAUAGAGUCUCCAGAGGCUCUGAACAUCAUCCAGAGAGGACACAUCAAGUCCAUCAUCUCCCUGCUCUACAAACACGGACGCAACCACAAGGUCAGCAACAACAACACAUUUACUGAUGUUCUAAUAAACACAUUCUAAACGUUGUAAACACAUUCUAAAAGUUCUAAACACAUUCUAAAUGUUCUAAACUCAGAGCCAAACAUCUUCAGUAUGAGCAGCGCUUUGGCCUUUCAUUCCUUUACCCAGAGGAGAGAGUGAACAUGUAUAUAAAUCUGUGGCUGUCACAGCUGGCAGCAUGGCAGCGUGAGUUUAACAAUAGCCUCAGGCAGCAUAUCACAUGACAUCGUUUUAACAUUCCUGCUACGUGUAUUACGUGCAGCGUUAACUUGUCACUUAACAAUAUUUGCCCUGCUGGGUUAAUUGGGUUAGCUGGGCAUGCAGGGCCACAUGCAGGGCCAGUCUGUCUCCUGAAUGGCACCUUAUUCCCUAUGUAGUGCGCUACUUUUGACCAGAAUCCAUAGGGUGCCAUUUGGGAUGCAAACCCAGUCUCGGAAACAGCAGGUGUUGAUCCAUGCCAUGACACGGCACAGCCUUGGAAUCCUAUAGGCUUUUAACAACCAAUAAAGACACAGGCCAUGCAUGCCCCUCUAAGGGUUAUUGGCAUAGCAUUACUUACCCACCCAGCGAGGUAAUGAAGUGUCUGUCUGUAGCUUAGCGGCAUGUGUUAUUGUUACACAGAACAAACUAGAGGAUUAUCACCUUCUGUAUUUAUGUGUGACACACUUAUAGAACACAGAGAGAGAGAGAGAGAGAGAGAGAGAGAGAGAGAGAGAGAGAGAGAGAGAGAGAGAGAGAGAGAGAGAGAGAGAGAGAGGAGAGAGAGAGAGAGAGAGAGAGAGAGAGAGAGAGAGAGAGAGAGAGAGAGAGAGGAGAGAGAGAGAGAGAGAGAGAGAGAGAGAGGAGAGAGAGAGAGAGAGAGAGAGAGAGAGAGAGAGAGAGAAGGGAUGAAGCUUCAUCAGAUAAAUAAAAGAGUGACCCGUUCUUAACACCCUGUCCUGUCUGCCCUCUGGGCACAGUGAUGUCAUGAUGCAGUGUUGAGGCACCAGAUGUGUCCAAAAUAGCACCCUAUUCCCUAUAUACUGCACUAGUUUUUACCACAGCCCAUAGAACUCUGGUCAAAUGAAGUGCACAUAGUCAGACAAGGGAGGAUGUUAACACAAGUCAGAGGAAUGUUCAAACCCUGAUAACUUCAUUAGCAAAGAGGCGGUUCCAGAUGCUUUAUCACUGACCUCUAACCUUGCUGUGUCAUCUGAUGGUCACUGUAGAGAACAGGAGAGGCAUAGACAGAUGACCCCUAAAAAGUUUCAGUAUGUGUUGUCCACCUUUUGUUGUGUUGAUGUCAUCGAAACAGGCCCGUCAUUUUAACGAGUUCCUCUCAGUUCACCUUGACUGCACUCAUAUUCGUCAGCUGUUCUUACACACACACGAUCGGUUACACACACACUUCCACUCAAUAACCCAAAACAGGUCAUCCUGAAGACUGCCAGUCAUCCCUUUGGUCCAUUCUUUACAUCCCUUUGUUUGUUUGUUUGUCCCUCCCUCCCUCCCUCCCUCCCUCCCUCCCUCCCUCCCUCCCUCCCUCCCUGCCUCCCUGCCUCCCUCCAUCUCUGUCUAGAUCCUGGACGUCCUGUGUUCUCUGUGUGUGUGUAACGGGGUGGCUGUGAGAGCCAAUCAGAACCUCAUCUGUGAUCACCUGCUUCCCAAGAGAGACCUGCUGUUGCAGACACGAUUGGUCAAUGAUGUUCAGAGGUAACAGGAAGUAGAAAGUGCCCCAUUGUUACGAUGUACCGUAGAAUUAGAACUAGAAUCAUUCUAAUUCUAAAUCUAUGGUGUAAUCAUUGUAAUUCUUAGGUGUUUUCAUUCUAAUUCUAUGGUGUUCACUGCAGCGGGGGGGAACGAGUGGCGCAGCGGUCUAAGGCACUCCAUCGAAGUGCUAGAGGCGUCACUACAGACCCGGGUUUGAUCCCGGGCUGUAUCACAACCGGCCGUGAUCGGGAGUUCCAUAGGGCGGUGCACAAUUGGCCCACCGUCGUCCGGGUUAGGGGAGGGUUUGGCCGGGGUAGGCCGUCAUUGUAAAUAAGAAUUUGUUCUUAACUGACUUGCCCAGUUAAAAAAAAAAAAAGCAUACCCUGGUUAAUGAGCACCAGUUGUAAAAUAAUUGAGUGCUCCGUAACAGUAGGUAAUUAGCUUGUUACUGGAGGGGUAAUUACAUUAGUCAUAAAUUCACUCUUGAUUUACGACUGCACCUGUCUUGCUAACUGAAUCAGUGAUUUAAUAUAAACUCAACCCAGCUUUUCCGACUGCAAUAUAAUGAAACAUGGAAUAGAAAUAUGAAUAAUGUAUAAUCUAUCUAGCUGUCUCUGUGUCCUGUAUUAGGCUUAAGAUUUAAACUUUAUACAUACUUUUAUGGCUCCAAAUGAAUGACUCAAAUCUUGAUAUGUUUGUCCAGUAUGAGGCCCAACAUCUUCCUUGGAGUGGCGGAGGGUUCAGCCCAGUAUAAGAAGUGGUACUUUGAGCUGGUGAUCGACCAGGUGGAUAUAACUUUUCUUACUUGCAAAUGUGUUUUGAUCAUUGUGUUUUAGAGAGUAUUGCCAAGUACACUAUUUAAAAUGUAUUUUGUCACUUGUACAAUGUCUCUCUCUCUCUGCCUCCCUCUCUCUCUCUCUCUCUCCUCUCUCUCUCUCUCUCUCUCUCGCUCUCUCUCUCUCUCUCUCUCUUCUCUCUCUCUCUCUCUCUCUCUCUCUCUCUCUAUCCUCUCUCUCUCUCUAUAUAUCUCUAUAUCUCUAUUCUCUCUCCCAGGUGGACCACUAUGUGACCAGUGAACCAACUCACCUGCGUGUGGGCUGGGCCUCCACUAAGGGUUACGCCCCCUACCCGGGGGCUGGAGAGGGCUGGGGGGGCAACGGGGUGGGGGAUGACCUCUACUCAUACAGCUUUGACGGACUCUACCUGUGGUCAGGUACGCCCUCUGAGGUUCUGCAUGACUCUACCUGUGGUCAGGUACGCCCUCUGAGGUUCUGCAUGACUCUACCUGUGGUCAGGUACGCCCUCUGAGGUUCUGCAUGACUCUACCUGUGGUCAGGUACGCCCUCUGAGGUUCUGCAUGACUCUACCUGUGGUCAGGUACGCCCUCUGAGGUUCUGCAUGACUCUACCUGUCCUGAUUUUACCAACAGUUCUUUCUGUGCCUUACACUGUCAGUUUAAUGUCAAGUGGCAGCUUAUAUAACUGUAGAAAUUCUCUGGCCUCGUGAUGUGAAAUGCCACUGCUGUUUUGAGAGUUGGUCAUCCUUUUGUGGUCAAGAGCAAAGGAAAAGUAACAGUACAUUAAAACCCUCAACCAACCUUUCCUCAUCGGUCACCCUGCCCCCCGUCUAAAUAGGCCCAGACCCCACCCUCCCCUGUUCCCUCCCAUAGAACCCCACUCUGCCCUACAUUCUCCUCUUCACUUCCUACCAUACUACACAUUACACUGCCCCUGCUCCCUGUCUGAAGAGGCCCCAGACUGAGUCUGUCCUCCAUGACAUCCAUCUGGAUGGAGGGUACUGUGGUGGAGAUGUCUCAAUAAAGAGCAUCAUAAGUCAAAGUCAUCCAUCUCUCCUCUCCUCUCCUCCCAUCCCCCUCUCCAGGCCGUAUCCCCCAGACAGUAGCCUCCAUCAACCAGCACCUGACACUGCCCCGUCUACCCUCUAACUAUGACUUUGACAUUGUUUAAAACCCAUCCCUCCCUCCUCCAUCCUUCCUCUCCACUCCUCUCCUCUCCUCUCCUCUCCUCUCCUCUCCUCUCCUCUCCUCUCCUCUCCUUUCCAGGCCGUAUCCCCCGGGAGGUGGCCUCCAUCAACCAGCACCUGUUGAACAGUGAUGACGUAGUGAGCUGUUGUCUGGACCUGAGUGCUCCCUCCAUGUCCUUCAGGAUCAAUGGCCAGCCAGUACAGGGCAUGUUUGAAGACUUCAACAUCGACGGAUUCUUCUUCCCCGUAGUCAGCUUCUCCGCCGGGGUCAAGUAAGGGGCCAGCACACAUACACACCCAGGCAGGCAGGCAGGCAGGCACACACACACACACACACACACACACACACACACACACCACACACACACACCACACACACACACACACACACACACACACACACACACCACACACACCACACACACACCACACACACACACACACACACACACACACACACACACACACCACACACACACACACACACACACACACACACAGACGCAUACUUGUAGACACACACACUCACACACACAGCUUCUCUGCAGGGAUCAAAUAAGGGUCCAGCUAGGUUAAUUAAUUAGUUAUUAGAUAAGUUAAUAAGGAAGUGUAAUGAGUUGAGAAGGUUGUGGAGUGGGGAUGGUGAUAGUCAGUCGACACAGUUCUGUUAGAACAGCAGUAGGUGCAUGAAUAGUUUAGAUGAGGCAAAUUGCUGAGCGAUCUGAACUGUUUAGUAGAAUAGACUCGAGUCUAGACGUUAGAGUUCAGAACAUUAGCUUUGGGUAUGACAUAAUAUGACACACAGCACAUGAUUGUGUUUAGGAAAUCUCUAACUUCCUGGUUUCCUCUUCUCCUCAGGGUGCGUUUCCUGUUGGGUGGUCGUCAUGGUGACUUUAAGUUCCUGCCCCCGGCAGGUUAUUCCCCGUGUUACGAGGCGCUGCUCCCCAAGGAGAAGAUGAGGGUGGAGGCUGUGAAGGAGUACAAGAGAGACCAUGGAGGGGUCAGGGACCUACUGGGGACAACACAGUUCCUCUCCCAGGCCUCCUUCAUUCCCACACCUGUAGAGACCAGCCAGGUAAUAUAA